AUGCAUCAGACCGGAGCAGCUUGGGGAUUCACAGGCUCGACGAUGACGAGUCUCAUGUUCUUCUGGGCCAUGUACAAACAGUUUUUCCCUUACAGUCUCCAAGUCCAGAUCGGGAUAUACGUUUGCAAACUAAUGGGAUGGGCUUCAAACUCUGUCCACAUCAAGUUCAACGAGUAUACAGGAGAUGGUCUCAAGAGAAGUGAAGCUUACAUCUCCAUUCGCAACUACUUAUCCUCUAAAUCAACGGCUUGUGCAAAGAGAUUGAAGGCCAACGAGACAGAAAACAGCAAAUCGUUGGUGCUUAGUUUGGACGAUCACGAGGUGGUCGAAGAUGAGUUCGAUGGUGUGAAGGUGAAAUGGUCUUCAAAUGUGAGCAAGAGUCAGAAUCAAUCUAACAAGAACGGUAAUAUCGGUCGCUCAGAGGAGACAAGGUACUUCACUCUGAGUUUCCACAAUCGUCAUAGAGAGAUGAUCACUGAGAGUUAUCUUAAGCAUGUUUUGAGAGAAGGGAAAAAGAUAGGGAUGAAGAACAGAGAGAGGAAGCUUUACACUAACUCGAGUCAGGGUUGGUUUUCUUGGAGGGAAGGAAGAACAUGGUGUAGUGUUUCUUUUAAUCAUCCUGCCACGUUCGAGACUUUGGCUAUGGAUCCUAAGAAGAAAGAAGAGAUCAAGAAGGAUUUGAUCAAGUUUGGCAAAGGUGAAGAUUAUUACAAGAAGGUUGGGAAGCCAUGGAAGCGAGGUUAUCUCUUGUUUGGUCCGCCAGGGACAGGGAAGUCGACGAUGAUAUCUGCAAUAGCGAACUUCUUGGAGUAUGAUGUGUAUGAUCUUGAGCUAACGACGGUGAGGGAUAACUCAGAGCUGAAGAAGUUGUUGCUUGAUACAAAAGGCAAGUCUAUCAUUGUGAUUGAAGACAUUGAUUGCUCUCUUGAACUUACGGGUCAGAGAAAGAAGGAUGAUGAAGACAACGAUGAGGAGAAGAAGAAGGGUGUUGAGAAGAAGGAGAAAGAUGAAGAUGAGAGACAGAGUAAAGUGACACUGUCAGGGCUUUUAAACUCCAUUGAUGGGUUAUGGUCAGCUUGUAGUGAUGAGAAGAUUAUUAUAUUCACAACGAAUUACGUGGAUAAGCUUGAUCCUGCAUUGAUACGAAGAGGAAGAAUGGACAACCAUAUUGAGAUGUCUUAUUGUAGGUUUGAAGCGUUUAAGGUUUUGGCUAAGAACUACUUGGAGAUAGAGUCACAUGAUUUGUAUGGAGAAAUCGAGAGAAAGCUAGAGGAAACGGACAUGUCUCCGGCUGAUGUUGCUGAGAACUUGAUGCCGAAAUCUGAUGAGGAAGAUGCAGAUAUUUGCCUUAAGCGUUUGGUUAAGUCUUUGGAGGAAGAGAAAGAGAAGGCGAGGAAGUUGGCUGAGGAAGAAGAGAAGAAGAAAGCCAUUAGGGACGAGAAGAAGAAAAAGAAGAAACCAGAGAAGAAGGACGAGGAGGAAAAGACACUGAAACCGUGA